GCUGUGUGUAUAAAAAAACAGAAGCAACCAUUUGGGAUUUGUAUUCUUCAAGGAACUUUUCUUGGCCUCACAAAACAAGGAUUCAUCUGCUCUCCAGAGUGAAAAUGGUGACGUAUAAAGUGACUGUGACUACUGCACCGCGUGUUCAUGCUACCACCCUGAACAAUAUCUACAUAAAGCUGGUGGGCACCGAUGGGGAGAGUGAGCGCGAGUGGCUCAUCAGCUUCAAAGGAGCUGCCGCCUUCACCAUCGGAGCAGUUUCUAGCUUUGAGGUGAGCUGCCCUGCCUCCCUUGGAAAGCUGGUGCUGAUAGAGAUAACCAAAAGGCCACUCCUUUUGUUUCCGGACGAUUCUUGGUUCCCCUCCAAGGUAGAAAUCAAGUCUCCAGAGGGACACACUUACCACUUUCCCAUCUACCGCUGGAUUACGGACAGCAAAGAUCACCUGUUCAGAGAGGGCACAGCUCUGCGAGUCUUUGAAGAUAGUCAUCAUCUUGGCAAGCACAGCAGGGCAACUGAGCUGAUGUGGAGAGAGGAGGAGUAUCGCUGGAAUGUGUACACAGAGGGGAUACCCCACACCAUAAAAGUAGGGAACAUUUUGGAUCUGCCCUGUGAGGUCCGCUUCUCCUUCACCAAGGCUUCAGAGUUUUUGUACACUGCAGCCACAGGGCUGACAGAGCUGAGGCUGAAGGGGCUGUCUAACACUGAGGAGAACUGGACUGACAUCGAUGCUAUCAACCGAGUCUUCUGCUUAAACAAGACUGAAAUAUCAGAAUAUGCCCAGGACCACUGGAAGGACGACGAUUUUUUUGCCUACCAGUUUCUUAACGGUGUCAAUCCCAUGUUGAUCCGUCGUUGUUCAGUCCUGCCAAGGAAUUUCCCCGUCACUGAUGAAAUGGUCUUCCUUCGUGGUGGGCACAGCUUAUCGGAAGAAAUGCAGAAUGGCAACAUAUUCCUCUGUGACUACAAGCGUUUGGAUGGAGUGAAGGCAAACGUCAUCAAUGGAAAGAAGCAGUACCUGAUGGCUCCCCUCGUCCUGCUUCACAAAACUCCUGAUGAUAAACUGAUGCCCAUUGCUAUUCAGUUGAAGCAGAAGCCAGCGGAUGACAAUCCAAUCUUUUUUCCGACUGACCCUGAGUAUGACUGGUUGUUGGCCAAGAUUUUUGUGAGAAGUGCAGAUUUUAGUGAGCACCAACUCAAUGUUCACCUGCUGCGCACUCACCUGCUGGCUGAGGCUUUUGCCGUCUCCCUGCUGCGCAACCUGCCCAUGGUGCAUCCCCUGUACAAGCUCCUCAUCCCGCACACCCGCUACACACUCCAGAUCAACUUCCUGGCCCGACGUCUGCUUAUAUCUGACACUGGAGUUUUCACUCAGUUUUCAGCUUCUGGUGGAGAGGGCAUGUUUGAGAUCCUGAGGAGAUCACAGAGCUCACUGACAUACACCUCCCUCUGCAUACCAGACGACAUCGCUGAGCGCGGGUUGGAAUCUGUUCCAAACUUCUACUACAGGGAUGACGGGCUCAAGCUGUGGGACAUCAUCUACAGUUUUGUCAAGGGCUUGCUUACCUACUACUACAAGAAUGACGCUGAGGUCCAGAAAGACUCUGAACUGCAGAAAUGGCUUCAGGAUAUCCAUGUCCAUGGAUUCCUUUCCCAACAAGGCACAGGAAUUCCCCAAAGUUUCAGGACUGUGCCAGAGUUGGUCAAGUUUGUCACCAUGGUGAUUUUCACUAGUUCAGCCCAGCACUCUGCUGUCAACAGUGGACAGUAUGACUACGGUGGCUGGAUGCCCAACACUCCCAUCUCCUUGCAACUCCCUCCACCAACCACCAAGGGCUCAUCAGAUGAAAGAACGAUGCUGCAGACGCUGCCUGCUGUCAACACAACAGCACAAGGCAUGGCCACCAUGUGGCUGCUCAGCAAGCAAUCCUCUGACUUCGCCCCUCUUGGUCAUUACCCGGAGGAGCAUUUCAGUGAGGAGGUUCCCCGCAAGCUGAUACAGGAUUUCCAAGGAGAGCUUAGAGUUCUAAGUACAGCUAUCCAAGCCAGAAACAUAAAUCUUGCGGUCCCAUACACAUACAUGGACCCAGAGCUGGUGGAAAAUAGUGUAGCCAUUUGAAUAUCACAAGGUGUGACCUCACACCACAAGCUGAGUGAAACAGGAUGCACUUUAGUUCACUGUUCUUCAGCCGCAGACACCUUUCUUAUUGUUUUUCCUCAUUAAGGGGCAUUCAGUAGAUCAUGCCAUUCACUUAUCAAUGUAGUCUACUUGUUUCCCUUCAAAUGCUUAUGUGUGAAUUUGUAUGAAGAAUUUUAUGUAAAUGUAAACCUACAACAGGGGUGUAGUCUUCUUAGAAGCUAAGAGAAGCGUCCUUGUUUUUGGCAUGGCUGCUGAGCAUUUUUCAGCUUGCUCAUUGGUUAAAUGAGGCUUUAUAAAUUCAGGAGUUAGAUGGCUCUCUUGGCUCACAGAGGAGUAGGUAGCCCUUCAAACAAAGCUGGAACAUGAAGUUCGCCAAAUUGGGCUUUCACCUGACAAUGAUGAUAUGUUUUUAUUAUUAUUAUUGUUAUUAUUGUUAUUGUUAUUAUGUUGGUAUUGUAGGUAUAGGCUUGGGGGGGUUAUUAUAUCUUUGUAAUACAGUGGUCCCUCACCAUAACGUGGUUCACCU